AUGGCCCCAUUAGAUACAACUGCUUCCUCCAUGAUGUUUUCCACCGAGGAAUCAGCUACACGUGCAAGCUUGAAGGAACUGUGGCGUGUAGGAGACUUGAUAAACGGUAUGGCGUUCGCCAUUUUGAUUUUGUUUACCGCGUUCGGUAAUCUUUUGAUCAUCGCUGCUGUUGUCAAAAGCAAGAACCUACGCUUCCGGACUCAUUUCUACAUCGCAAGUCUUUCUUUGGCGAAUUUGCUUAUGGCUGGGGUAGUAAUGCCUCUUCGUGUAAUGAGUUUCUUGGACAAGAGUACGUGGUUCGAAAACCCAAGGCUGUGCGAAACGUACGGAAGCUUCUUUGUACUCUUUUGUACAGUUACUGUUUAUACGUUGGCAGCCAUGAGCUUGGAUCGAUAUUUCUCGAUCGCAAGGUACAAGUGGUAUCAGAAAUUUCUCACCAACUGUCGCACUUUCGGCUUCAUAGUGCUUUGCUGGAGCACUGCAGUUCUUGUGUCGUUCCUGUUUGCCAACUUGAACAACGAUUUUCCAAAAUCCUUGGAUUGCAAGUUGAGCAAGACGUACACAACGGUUUACGUCUACGUUUUCGUGUCCAUCGAAGUCCUAACCCCGACAUUCUUCAUGCUAAUCUUGCAGUGGAAAGUCAUGAAAACUGCAGUUAGCCAUCUUCACACCAUCGAUGUCCACGGAAGACAAAUGAAGAAUUUGGAUUACGCUGAUUUUCCCUCCGUCGCCAAAGAGUCAACUUGGUCGAAAAUCGUUGUACGAAUAACUUUGAGUUUUGUGAUCUUUUGGAUUCCGAGGUGCAUUUUCCUUCUUUUGGACAACAGCAACACUGAAGGAAUUCAUGAAGUUGCUGAUGGUUUAACAGAAAUUAUGACCUAUUGUUUUCCAGCCUCAUUUGCCCUUCUUUUGGGUUACUGGAGCAAGGAAUUUAAAGAGGGGUUCACAGAUAUGUUAUGCCCCUAUUCUUGUUAUCAAAAGAAUAAGGACAUGAAAAAGUACCGUCUAAGGGAAGCAAAUAAAGUGAAUCCAUCUAUGAUGUACAGAAAACACUCAAAGAAGUUUGCCGUUCAUUCUAAUUAA